GGAGUGGAAAGGAGGGAGGGAAACGGCGAGAGAGAGGUGGUCCACGAUGUGUUUCUACUCACAGGCAUUUUCGCUGUAGUAGAUUGAACAUCCUCAGUCACUACGUCCCUUCGUCUGGACCUUAUCAACGGACUAACAAUACCGUUACUAUUAUUAGGAUAACUGUUUGAAUAUCGUGGUACACCCUUUGAAUCAACCAUGUGGAUUUCCAACAUAAUUUUUACUCUCUUAAUUGUCGGACAUUCUGAGUGCAGGAGGAACGCUUUACAGGACUACCAGAAGAGUGAUGGUGUGCGAUUGGUCCAGCUGCCAGGCUCCGCCCUCCAGUCUAAAAGCAGGAAGUUGAGCAUAGUGAAGUGUGCUCGUGGCUGCAGCCGCCACAACAAAUUACCCUUCACCUGCAGAGCAUUUCUGUAUGAUCAGAAAAACAGGAAAUGCCAGUGGCUGUCAUUUGACAGGACCUCUCCAGGAGUCCAGAUCCAACAAGACUUCAACUACCAACUUUACCAGAAUAAAGCCUAUGUACAGGAGUGUAUAGUGGGGACGGGAGUGAACUACAGAGGGAGAAGGUCUGUAACGGCCAGUGGAAUUAGAUGCCAGGCCUGGGCCUCUCCUAUCCCUCAUGAACACAAUUUUCUACCGAGCAUGAACAGGAAGAAGGACCUGACGGAGAACUACUGUCGUAACCCUGACAACGCUACCUCAGGGCCGUGGUGCUUCACUACAGAUCCCAGUGUUAGACACCAGCACUGUGGAGUACCUCAAUGUUCACAGGUGGAGUGUGUGAGCUGUAACGGGAAGAGCUACAGAGGUCCCAUGGAUCACACUGAGACAGGACGGGAGUGUCAGCGCUGGGACCUGGAGGAACCUCACAAACAUCUCUUCCACCCCAAGCGGUAUCCCGAUAAAGGGUUACAGGACAAUGCCUGUAGGAACCCGGAUGGACGUCAACGACCUUGGUGUUUUACCCUGGACACACACACACCCUGGGAGUACUGCAACAUCACCGCCUGCCGCACAGACCGCGUGAGGGAGGUGGACGUGACUACUAGAUGUUUCAAGGGGCGAGGUGAGGGGUACAGAGGGACAGUGGCCGUCACACCCAGUGGGCUGACAUGUCAACGCUGGGACUCCCAGUUUCCCCACAACCACACAUACUCUCCCCAGGACUACCGCUGCCAAGACCUGAAGGAGAACUUCUGCAGGAACCCUGAUGGCCGCGACCUGCCAUGGUGCUUCACUUCAGACCCUAACAUUCGCACAGCGUUCUGCGCUAACAUCCCCCGCUGUGGUACACAGAACAUGGAACCUCAGGACUGCUACGAAGGCAGUGGAGAGAGCUACAGAGGAGAGGUGUCCAGGACCAGGUCAGGUCUUCCCUGUUCCUUUUGGAGAGACUACAGCAACAGUGGGGACAGAGAUACAGCAGUGCUUACAGUGGGACAGGAGGGUCGCUUUUGUAGAAACCCAGAUGGAGACAAACAUGGCCCAUGGUGUUACACUAACAGCACGACUAUACCCUGGGACUACUGCAGUGUCAAACCAUGUGAACCAUCGAAGAACACCCUUCCUCAGAGAGUAGAGCCAUCUCAGGUGUCGUGUUUUGUCCAUAAGAAGACCCGGAUAGUGGGAGGAUCACCAACCGCCAUCACAGACGGAAGUUGGAUGGUCAGCAUACAGAAGGGUUUGAAUCACUGGUGCGGUGGUUCUCUUAUACGAGAGGAGUGGGUGCUCACAGACAGACAGUGCUUCUCCUCAUGUGUUCCAGACUUAAGUGAAUACCGUGUGUGGUUGGGUAUGUCAGAUCUCCGUGGCUCAGCUCCUAACAGCUCUUUCAGACAGGAGGUCUCCAUCUCCCAUGUGAUCUGUGGUCCUGAGGGCUCCAACCUGGCCCUCAUUCGACUGGCCCAGCCUGCUCUCCCUGCAGACAGUGUCCACACCAUUCAGCUGCCAGUAGCUGGGUGUUCCAUCGCUGAGGGCACCAUGUGUAGCAUGUAUGGAUGGGGAGAUACCAAAGGUACGGGUCAUGAGGGUGUAUUGAAGAUGGUCCAUCUGCCCAUGGUCAGUAAUGAGAGGUGUAGAGAACAGCACGGAGGAAACCUCCACAUCACUGACUCAAAGAUAUGUGCUGGUGGGAGGAGGGACGAGGGGGUCUGCGAGAGGGACUACGGUGGCCCCUUGGUGUGCCAGGAAGGAGAGAGCAAGGUCAUAGUCGGGGUCAGUGUCCACGGUAGAGGCUGUGCCCGUACCAACCGGCCUGGCAUCUUCAUCAACGUCCCCUUCUACACGGCGUGGAUCCACAAGGUGUUCAAACACUAUCCCCAACUUCAGAUUAACUAAAUAUUACCCUCAAAUCAACUAAAUUCCACACUCGGAUCAACUCACUACUACCCUGGGAUCAACUAGAUCCUAGCCUUAGGUAAACUACAGAUCAACUAUAGCCUUGAUCUUAAACAUCACCUAGAGAAUGGACAGAACUUUGAAUAUCCUACACCCGCUAGAUCCACAUGUACUUCAGACUGUUGGCUGACCCUUAUCAGACCCACUAGACUAUUACCAGGGUCUCAAGUCAAGUAAGGAAUAUGCAUUUGAAAUGGAGAAACUCCAGCCAUACAUUAAAUUACAGACACAAUUCAAAACUGGAUGUUGGACUGCUAACGAACUCAUCAUCGGCUUCUACGCUAUGUGUCCAUCAUGAAGUGUGGAGGGGAAAUGAAGAUAAUUGGGUUGAUCAGAAUGCUAGAUUGGUCAUUGCAUAAUAUAAAUAUGUAGUGGUACAAACACGUUACUAAUGACAACGGGAAUAUGGAUAUGUGGUUAGCCAACACUGUGUCCAGUAACUGGUAACACCCUUCCCUGUAACUGGUAACACCCUGCCCUGUAACUGGUAACACCCUGCCCUGUAACUGGUAACACCCUGUCCUGUAACUGGUAAGGUUUGGAUGUUCAGGACUUGUAUUGCAGCCAGUCAAUACAAACUUGAUUACUGACAUUACUUGAAUGUACUGAAAACCAAACGGUAGCUUCUGUAGGGCACUGUCAAGUGCACAGUUUCCUACUUCUGAGGGCAUUAUACUGUACUAUUUAUAUACUGUACAGUAAGUGUUUCAGUGUAAAUCGUUUUUUGUGAGUGUGACACGUUGAAUGUUGUAUGGGUCAGAUAAACCUGGGAGUGGAUACUGACUUGGGCCUUGUUAGGAAAUAUCACAUGGAAAUAUCAACAUGAAGCCAUUGGAUGUAAAUAUAUGUAAAUAUGUUUUAUUUUUCCUAAUGAAUUUGAAAGGUAAAAGUGAAUGCUACAGAACUGACUAAUGUCUUAACUCUUCGUUCCAUCUGUAUCUCUGCAUCUCUCCUUCUGUCUUCCUGUUGGAAAAACACAUUACCACAGCCCAGUAUUUUGUACGUGUGUGUUCUGUGAAUUCUAUGAGAGUGAGUUAUACACUACCCUUCAAAAGAUUGGAGUCCAUUAGAAAUAUCCUUGUUUUUGAAAGAAUAGAAAAUUGUUUCUCCAUUAAAAUAACAUACAUUUGAUCAGAAAUACAGUGUAGACAUUGCUAAUGUUACAAAUGACGAUUGUAUCUGGAAAUGGCAGAUUUUUUAAUGGAAUAUCUACAUAGAGAGGCCAGUUAUCAGUAACUGUCUCUCCUGUGUUCCAAUGUCACGUUGUGUUUGCUUAUCCAAGUUUAUCAUUUUAAAAGGCUAAUUGAUUAUUAGCAAACCCUAUUGCAUUUAUGUUAGCUAAUUUCUCACUUGGAGUAGCCUUAAUUUCUAAGAACAAGAAUAGACUGAGUUUCAAAAGAAAGAUCUUUGUUCCUGGACUGAUUUGCUGUACACCUAAGUAGACAUUCCAUUAAAAAAAAACUAUUGUAGCUGCCGUUUCCAGCUACAACAGUAAUUUAACAUUACCAAUGUCUCGACUGCAUUUCUGACCAAUUUGAUGUUAUUUUAAUGGACAGAAAUGUGCUUUUCCUUUGAACACAAGGACAUUUGUAAGUGACUCCAAACCUUUGACCAGUAGUGGAUUCUGUCUUCACAGAAUCGGUCACUGCACGCUGAUAUGAAUAGAGGUGUACUGUGCUUUCAGCAUUACAUUUUGAGAGAACGAGGGAGUGUGUGGUACCUCCAGAAAGGAAACCCCACUUUAUAGCUUUUAUGUCUUGUGUGUGUGUAUGUUUGUAAAUGUAGUGAUGUCCCAUUGUGUGUGAAUGUGUUUUGCUGCUAUACAAGGUUGUAAAUGUGUUACAAUAUCUGUACCUGUAUACCAUAUCCCAAUGCACAUGUAUUGUUCUUAUAUACUCUAUGUCAGUAUUGCAGUACUAUCAUUCAUCUGUAGUACACUGUAUUCUCUGACAAUAUAAUAGUACUAUCAUACACCUGUAGCACACUGUAUUCUCUGUCAAUAUAAUAGUACUAUCAUACACCUGUAGCACAGUCUUCUCUGUCAAUAUUAUAGUACUACCAUACACCUGUAGCACAGUCUUCUCUGUCAAUAUUAUAGUACUACCAUACACCUGUAGCACAGUCUUCUCUGUCAAUAUUAUAGUACUACCAUACACCUGCAGUACACUGUAAUAUUAUAGUACUGUCAUACACCUGUAGCACACUGUAUUCUCUGUCAAUAUUAUAGUACUACAAUACACCUGUAGCACAGUCUUCUCUGUCAAUAUUAUAGUACUACCAUACACCUGCAGUACACUGUAAUAUUAUAGUACUGUCAUACACCUGAAGUACACUUUUCCUCUUUCAUUAUUACAGUGCAAUCAUAAACCUGUAGGGUGUUCCUUUUUAAA